GUUGAGAUCCCAGCCAUGAGAGUAUGCCGCCAUGUGAUCCUGCUGUUCGCAGUUUGUCUUAGCGAUGAGAGCUGCUCGAAUGAGGCAUGCAGUGCCAAGUUCAGCGAGGCAAGGGCCAAGGAGUUUUGGGCGGAAAUCCAACGGCAAGGUUUGCAGCUCCACAUCCGCCGGAAGAUCAUGGCGGAGAAAGCCUUUGGAGGGCUUCCGGCCCGAAAUCGAACUGCUAUGGUUCUAUCUGACGACGUGUUCUACGGCAGGGCCAUCAUGAAGAUCCCCCGGCAGGCACUUAUCACUGUGGAAACCGGGAGGAAUGACAAGCUGAAGAGUGAGAUGACCCGUUUCUUAUUCGAGGAGAUGACAUUGCAGAAGGUUUUUAACAUCACAAGCGAGGAUUAUAUUCACUUGCUGAGCUUGGCCUACACCUUGCUUGCAGAGAGGAGAGAUGCAGACUCUGUGUUCAUCGAAUGGCUCAAUGCCACCAAGAAUGAGAAGGUCUUUGCGCUGGAGCUUUCGAGUCGCCAGCAGCAAGUGCUUGUUGGCACAACUGUGGAAGGAGCCAUUCAGGAGAUGGCCGAGAGAAGGGACUUGAUUUGGCAGACAGCUCCCAAUUUGACCUUCUUCAAGAGGAGACCGGUCUCAAUGGAGGAAGCAUCCUGGGCAUUAGCCGUGAUCAUGCGCCAUGGCCGGGUGGUCCAUCCAUACCAAGACCAGCGAGAAGUGCGCGACCCACGCAUGUACAUUUUUCCGUUGCCCGAGCUCUUGGAUGUGGCGUUGCAUCCGAAUCCUGGCGUGUCCAUCGGGUUCCAAGAGGAGAUCGUGAUCAAUGGGAAACGCGAAGAAGAUCUGGUUCUUCAAAUCGCGCGCAGAGACAUGCCCAAAGGGGAAGAGAUUUUUCUGUGGCCUGGGAGGCUCUCAAACAGUGAGAUGAUUGCGCGACAUGGCUUCAGCUUUCGAGAGAACCCGGUGGGCAUCGGUCGCAAUGUCUCCCAACCACCAAGUUGGAGUGACAAGAAGGACAGCAAAGGUCGCAAAGAAUACGAUCUGUACAACUGUUCUUCUUUGGAAGACUUUGAGCUGCGCUUUAAUGAGCGAGGCUUCCCAAUGCGGUCCUUUGUUCGUUGCUAUCGCAUCUCAUGGUUUAUCAACAACGGCUGGUAUUCGCCGGCCCUGAAGAACCGGAUGCGGGAGCUGAACAAAUGGCCACCGCCAGAGAAAUAUACGAAAUCUGAUUGGCUGUCCUGGACCCAGGCAGACGCAGAAGUGAAUCGUGUGAUUCUGGAGUAUUGUCAGUACAUGCGACAGCGAUUGAAGGAAACCAUGGACGCCAACACGGCUGAAGACUUCCGUCAUUCCAAAGACCCAACGGACCGCGUGCUUUGGCACAUGAGGUCUGAAGAAUCACGGACCUUCAAGAAUUGCAUUGUUCAGGCCAAGAAGAUUAAGACAUAAUAAUGGCCUCCUAUCCAACGCACUAGCGACGGCCUCCAACCUAAUAGGAAUGGCUUCCCCCUAAUCUGAAAGGCCCAGAAGAUUAAGACCUGGCUCAUCGUCGCGUUUUUCUCUCUUCGACGCAAAUCAGAAACUGGAGGGUGCAGAGCCUGAGCCUAACUGGCGUGGCCAUGCGUGGCCCCGGACGACGGCGAGUCUUCCGGGGCCGAAAGAGAACGUCUCUCGGUCGCCGAAUUUGUGGGCAGUCUUGCGAAGUGCGAAUUCAAAGGCCCUUUACCGGCUAAAACAUCCGCUCUCGAAGCAGACAUGAAAGAUCCAAGACUCC